GAUGGCGGAGAGCGAGGCCGAGACCCCCAGCACGCCCUGCGAGUUCGAGAGCAAGUACUUCGAGUACAAUGGGGUGCGGCUGCCGCCCUUCUGCCGCGGGAAGAUGGAGGAGAUCGCCAAUUUCCCGGUGAGGGACAGCGACGUCUGGAUUGUCACCUAUCCCAAAUCAGGCACAGGCUUGCUGCAGGAAGUGGUGUAUCUAGUGAGUCAGGGAGCUGAUCCCGAUGAGAUUGGACUAAUGAAUAUAGAUGAGCAACUCCCAGUCCUAGAGUACCCUCAGCCCGGCCUGGACAUCAUCAAGGAGCUGACGUCCCCUCGCCUCAUCAAAAGCCACCUGCCCUAUCGGUUCUUGCCUUCGGACCUCCACAACGGCAACUCAAAGGUAAUAUACAUGGCUCGCAACCCCAAAGACCUGGUGGUGUCUUAUUACCAGUUCCACCGCUCCCUAAGGACCAUGAGCUACAGAGGGACGUUUCAGGAGUUCUGCAGAAGAUUUAUGAAUGACAAGUUAGGAUAUGGUUCAUGGUUUGAACAUGUGCAAGAGUUUUGGGAACACCACAUGGAUGCCAAUGUACUUUUUCUCAAGUAUGAAGAUAUGCAUAAGGACCUAGCGACAAUGGUUGAGCAGCUGGUGAGGUUCUUAGGAGUUUCUUAUGACAAAGCACAGCUGGAAUCCAUGGUGGAACACUGCCAUCAACUCAUUGAUCAGUGCUGUAAUGCAGAGGCUCUUCCUGUUGGCAGGGGACGAGUUGGGCUAUGGAAAGACAUCUUCACUGUUUCAAUGAAUGAGAAAUUUGAUUUAGUUUAUAAACAGAAGAUGGGAAAAUGUGACCUCACAUUCGAUUUUUAUUUAUAAAAAAUGCAUGCAUAUGAUAUCCAGAUUAGCUAGAAGUGCUUUAUGCAUUCAUUUAUUACCUGCUGGACAAACUACUGUAGCUAUUAUGUGUAAUAAGGUUUAAAGAAAGAAAAACAAUCUAAGUAAACCAUAUCAGAUGCAAUUAUCUUUGAUCCUGAGCAGCUGUUUAUCUUCUAGUAUUUAAGUCCUUUGUCCACGUGCAAGAACUUCCCAGACAAUACUAGAACAUUCAGCUGUUAUGGAAUGUAUUAUAUACGUAUAAUGUAUGUAUCAUAUAUGCAACUAGAAUGUACACCUUUUCAGCCCCACAUUGAUUAUUUAAUGUGUUUUAUAAGAGCUGGUCACUAGAACCUAAAUAAACAUCCAUAAACCAAAUAAAAAUUUUAUUUCUGAGGGAAACAAGUAACAGGCCAAAACAGUAUGCUAGAAUGAUCUCAGGGGAUAAUUGUCACAUUUAUUUUUAUAGCAGGUAUAACCAAGGAUAAAUAAAUCCCAUUCCAAAAUAGGAACUGAUCCAAGUGGGGUUCACAUUAGGUUCUGCACACCCUUAUCUGUGUGAUUUGAGUAGGUUCUGUGCACUGGCACACUCUGCAAGACAGGGCUUGUUCUGGUUUACAGCUGUGGUUGCCUGAUCCCAAAUCCCACCCACGCCUUUAAGGAGACAGCUCAGAGCUGGUGGAGGCAGUUCAGUGCCUAGGGACAGCAGAUAGAAGAUUCUUAAGCCCUCAGCUCUAGGUCACUCCCUUAAAAUGGGGAUUAAAAGCCAGGAAUCUGGUGCAGGGACUUUCCUGGAGCAUUAAUCCCCAACCCACAUCACUUUGCUGUGUGAAUUUCUCCCUUUAGGGGCAGCCCCAGAAAUUAAGGUGCUGGAUAAGCUCCAGUUCCACUAAAAGGUGAGGACAUUUAGCACUGUUCAUGGGUUGGUCUCCUGGACUCCACCAGACCUAAGGGGAAGAGUGUAAAGCAGUGUAAAGCAGUGUAAAGCAGGCAAAGGGAACUGCAGCAUCCGAGGAAGACAGUUGAUGGAAAUGCCAGCAGGUGGGAGUAUUGCACAAAUAUCCAUGCACAAUGAGUUCCAGGAAUUGUUAGCCAUGACUGAUCUGGAUUAUAAUCAGGAUUCAAGUUUAUUUCUCUUAUCUUUUUUUAGUCUCUACACAAACAGCCUGAAGCAGGCUACUAUCACUACAGAACUCUCCCAAAUUAUUUUAUUGUUCCAUUAUGUAAUGAUAUCUAUGCUUUUUCGGUUCUCAGCUGCAGGAGGCCCAUUUUUGCUAGUCAAAUGUUCAGGCUCACCAAAAACUGUGAGGAAGGACUAGUUUUUAGUGUUUCAGUUCUGUUGGGAAACUGUCAGUUCAGCACUGGCAAGUGGUGUAGCAUGAUGUGGCUUGACAGCACUUUUCCUUGUAUAUUUGUGAGUGAAAAUGCUUUCAGUGAAAUUUCAUUUCUAUUUUUAUAUUUUUAGUACUGUAUGAAUAUUAAGCACUACACAUUAUACUUCUGUGCUUGCUUGCUUACUGAAUAAAAGAUGUGUUCUGUGCAUUGUGGCUGCUCAUUUUGUAGACCUCCCACUCAAGCCAGGUGGUCUUUGCAGACAAACUACAACAAGCUUCAGGAGCACGGGAGAAGGAGAAUUCCCUCUUGCUACAGAGGAAGACAAAAUUCCCUCACAGUUCCUGAGAUUGGAGUCAGAAGCAAAUUUCAUUGCACAAAAAAUCUACUUAAAUGGCUUAAUCCCAAGGAUGUAUGAGCAACACAACCUAACAUUUCUGAAGGCACCAGGGAAUCCUGCUCUGAUUCCCAGAGUCCUUUUCCUUUGCUGCAGCUGAUGCCCAAAAGCCAGGAAUGUCCCACAGCCACAUUUCUAACAGCCAGGUCCAUCCACAUGCCAUUGCCUGUGCAGAGGGCCACCAGCUGCCAGGCCACAUUAGCUGUGCUGAAAUUCUGCCUUUGCAUCUCUGGUACUUGAAAGCAUUUGGGUUUUUCUAUAAAAAUCCAGAGGUAAUUAAGCUCCUCCCUCUUUUCAACAACUUGAACUUUCAGGAUUCAGCCCAGUGUUACCAAGACUCUGCACAAACACAGACGCCUCUUGGCCCAAAUUGCUGUGGAGAGAAUACCUCAUUGGUACCAAAGCACUGCAAAUGAACAAAAAGACCAGAAAACCAAGACGGUUUCUUUUUUUUUCUCCCCUUAACAUUCCAAUUUGCUGAGAUGCUUCUGCUGAGGGAAAAAGUUUACCAGCAAAGGUUUAAGGAAAGAAUUGAGGAACCACAUUUGUUGCUUCAGUUAAAUAAAAAAAAAAUUUAAACCAAGAUUCGACUGAAUCAAAUAAUACUAACCAAAAAAAAAAAAAAAAAAAAAAAAAGAGAA